AUGGAGACCUGUGACUCUCCAGAAGACCCACGCUCCCCUCUUGUUGUUAUCUUCGUUGUCAUCAUCAUAGGCCUGGAGUGCAUCAUAGGAAUCACCACAAACGGCUUCAUCGUGGCUGCCAGUGUGGCACAGUGGGUUCAGAAUAAAGUGGUGCACUUGAGUGGUAGGAUUCUAAUCUUCCUCAGCUUGUCCAGAAUAGCUCUCCAGAGCAUCAUGAUGCUAGAUAUAAUUCUCAGCUCGAUCUUCCCACAAUUUUAUAUGCAAGAUGUGGUAUAUGACGCCUUCAAAAUCAGUUUCAUGUUCUUAAAUUAUUGCAGUCUCUGGUUUGCGGCCUGGCUCAGUUUCUUCUACUUUGUGAAGAUCUCAGAUUUCUCCCACCCUCUUUUCCUCAAGCUAAAGUGGAAAAUUCCCCGAUGGAUGCCCUGGCUUCUGUGGCUGUCAGUGUUCAAGUCGUUGGGGUUCAGUGUAUUCUUCUGCACGGACAUCUAUGCUAUAUCUUGUAGCAACACUUCUGUUCCUUGUUUCAACUCCACGGAGAAGGACUUUGUUGAGGCCAGUAUGAUCAUCCUGGUCCUCUUCUACAACCUGGGCAUCUUGUUUCCUCUCAGCAUGUUCAUCCUGGCAGCGACCCUGCUGAUCAUCUCUCUCAGGAGACACACCCUGCACAUGCAAGGCCAGGCCUCUGGCUCCAGGGACCCCAGCACACAGGCCCACAGGAAAGCCAUUGCCUCCAUCAGCUACUUCCUCAUUCUCUACGUCUUCAACGCAUUUUCUCUAUUUCUCUAUACAUACAACAUCACUGAUACCCACAGUGUCCGGACUAUUUUGUGCAAAAUCAUCAUGGCAGCCUACCCUGCUGGCCACUCAAUUCUGCAGAUCUUGGAUAACUCCAGUCUGAGAAGAAGCUGGAAGCAGUUCCUGCACCGAGCUCAUCUCCACCUGGCAGGACAGAGCCUGUGA